UGCAGGCAACGCUGCCCCUCUUGAAUUGCUCUGACCAGGAAAUAAAACUGCUACACCCACGCACAAGACUAGUACUGUGAGGAAUUACCUCUGUGAACGGCUGUCUCCGCGCAGAUUGUCGAGAAUCGUUCAAGAUGGCCGAUUUCCACCACAUUGCUCAACAAUUCGUUGAAUUCUACUACAAGACUUUCGACACCGACCGAGCACAACUGGCUGCCCUCUACAGAAAUAACUCGAUGCUUACCUUCGAGAAAGAGCCUUUCCAAGGAACGCAAUCCAUCCUUGAGAAGUUGACGAACCUGCCAUUCAACAAAGUCCAACACCGAGUCGACACCACAGAUGCGCAACCAUCCAACGAGCAGGGCGGUAUCUUGGUCUUGGUCACCGGCGCACUGAUGGUCGACGAUCAACAGCAACCCAUGAGCUACGUUCAGACGUUCAACCUGUUGCCCGAGUCUGGUAGCUACUUCGUGCAGAACGACGUCUUCCGAUUGGUUUAUGCUGCCGGCUGAUGGACGACCUCUUCCUAUCGAAGAUGGCCAACAACUGCCCAGAUGUGCCUCGGUGUCGAUUUGAUAGAGUGAAUGAUAUGCGCAGCCGAAGGCUCUGCAUGUGGGACUCAAUAUGAAGUGGUGUGAGAAGAGCUGAGACGAGCAUUGAUGAUAAAUUCAAGUUGGCAUUUUGAACGCCUACCCAAUGAACAUAUUCCGCCAGGUCUUCGGAUGGAUAUCUGGACCCGAGCAUUGACCUUCA